GAGAGAGAGACGUGCGCACUUGAGCUGGAGCUGUGUGGGAAAAUAUCGCACAGGGGCAGAGGCGAGCGACUCGAGCUUAACCUGAGACCUGAUCUCACCACUCGGGUCCAGCUGUGGAUGUCCAACAUCUUUUGCGUCUGGAGUUCAAGCUUUUUAUAAGGGGACACAGCCCUGAGAGAAGUAUUUAUUUCCGUUAGAGUAAAGAGAGGUUCAUUGAAAGUGGUCCAUUCAUCAUGGAGUUACCGGUUCUGGUUUUAGUGGCGGUGGUCCUGUCUGUUGGCACCAGCACUAAACUGAACGUGCCGCGCCUUCGCCUGUCAUACAAAGAUCUGUUGGCCACAAACCGUACCUCCAUUUUCAGUGGUUUCAAUGGAGAUCUGCACUUGUCGGCUGUGUUUUUGGAUGAAUAUCACGACAGGCUUUUCCUGGGAGGGAAGGAUGUUCUCUAUUCGCUGAGACUGGAUCAUACACAUGAUGCUAAAGAGAUCCACUGGCCUUCAUUGCCUGAGAAUCGUGAGGACUGUAUUCUCAAAGGGAAAGAUCCCGAGAUGGAGUGUGCAAACUUUGUGCGGUUGCUGCAGCCAUUUAACCGCACUCACCUACUGGCCUGUGGAACUGGAGCUUUCCAGCCCGUGUGUGUGUAUGUGAACGUCGGACACCGCGGAGAGCAUGUGUUCAGUUUGGAUCGUACCACAGUAGAGAACGGGAGGGGGAAAUGUCCCCAUGACCCCAAACUACCCUUCGCAAGCACCUUCACAGGUGGAGAGCUGUACACCGGUUUGACUGCAGAUUUUUUGGGGAGAGACUCUGUGAUUUUGAGAGGUUUAGGGACUCGCUCACCCAUGAGAACAGAGAUGGAUCAGAAAACCCUACAUGAGCCAAGGUUUAUUGCGGCCCACCUCAUUCCUGACAGUGCAGACAGAGAUGAUGAUAAAAUUUAUUUCUUCUUCACUGAGAGAGCAACAGAGAGCGCAGAGCGAGACGAUGAAGGAGCCAUACACACACGCAUUGGACGAUUGUGUGCGAAUGAUGUUGGUGGGCAGAGGGUUCUUGUGAAUAAGUGGAGCACAUUUAUUAAAGCCCGACUGGUGUGUUCUGUUCCUGGACCCCAUGGCAUCCAAACACACUUUCACCAGCUUGAGGAUGUGUUUCUGUUAAGGACCAAAGAUGAAACCAAUCCAGAGAUCUACGCAAUAUUCAGCACCAUCAGUAAUGUGUUUCAGGGCUAUGCAGUGUGUGUCUAUAGUAUGGCUGAUAUCCGGGAGGCAUUUAACGGGCCGUUUGCUCAUAAGGAAGGACCUGACUAUCAGUGGGGACCUUACGAAGGACGCGUCCCUUACCCGCGACCAGGAGUGUGCCCCAGUAAGAUCACGGCCCAGCCUGGUCGUGCCUUCCGCAGCACACUGGAGUUUCCAGACGCUGUUCUGCAAUUUGCACGAACACACCCACUAAUGUGGCGCCCGAUUUACCCAUCACAGCGGGAACCACUGCUGCUCCACACCGGUGCCCCAUACAGGCUCACACACAUCACUGUAGACCGCACACAGGCCGAGGACGGAUACUAUGAUGUCAUGUUCAUCGGCACUGAUAUUGGGACUGUGCUAAAGAUUAUCGUACUUGCAAAUGGAAACACUCUUGCAAAUGAGGAGAUCACACUGGAGGAGAUGCAGGUGUUCAAGGUACCCACUCCCAUAACCUCCAUGGACAUAUCUGUGAAAAGGCAAACUCUGUUCGUGGGUUCACAGACAGGUGUUGUCCAGGUGCCUCUGCACCGCUGCAGUAUGUACGGUAAAGCUUGUGCCGAGUGCUGCCUGGCUCGAGAUCCGUACUGCGCCUGGGACGGACACACCUGCACACGCUACCUGCCAAACACAAAAAGGCGUUACCGAAGACAGGACAUCAAACAUGCAAACCCAGCACUGCAGUGCACGGACCAAAACCUCAGCGUGGAGGAUCUAGAUCUGACUGAAGAACGGGUCGUUUAUGGCACUGAGAACAACAGCACCUUCCUGGAGUGCAUCCCUCGAUCGCCACAGGCCACUGUCACAUGGCACAUUCAGAGAGAUGACUACUUAGAGGAGGUGACACUAGAUGAACGUGUCAUUAAGACAGACGAUGGUUUGUUGUUCCGCCGUGUGCUUCGUCAGGAUGAAGGCAUCUAUGUGUGUCGAUCUCGGGAACACGGAUUCACACAAACCCUCUCACGCUUCUGGUUGGACGUCUUACACGCUGACACCCUUUCAGACCUCCUGUCACGUGACGGCAAAUAUAAAGUAUGGUCACCAUGUGCCGCCAACACAGCCUCGGUCAAUCGUGGCCUGGCCAGGGCGUGGUUCAAGGAUGUCUUGCAGCUGAUUGGUCCUUCAAACCUGCCACAGGUGGAGCAGUACUGUGAACGUGUUUGGUGUAAUGAGAAGCUGAGACGCAAGCACAAAAACAUGAUGGACAAAUAUCGGCAAGCGCAAGACUCUGCGCGAAGAGCACGAGUCCAGAAGAGCACGGGAGAAUCUCGAAUCCGCUCUCCACGGGACCUCCACACGCAAGAGUAAAACACAGACCCACAUGAAGCAAAAUGGACUUCCAAUGAAAAGACAUUCUUGAGCGUCCUCUCCAAAAGUUUCUGUGACCAUGGCAGCCGGCCCUCAUCACCUCACAGUAGACCGUGGUUAAUGUUAUACGUCUCACUUAAAAACUCAGCAGCUGCAAAACCUUUUUACUGGAACAAAUGAGGGUAGACAGGAUGGAACUCGUAGACUGGAGCGCUGCCCCUGCUAUAACAGGUGCCAAGAAACAUACAUUAAUUUAAGAUACAUCUGGCUGUGAUACAACUGGGCAUAAUGCUCAGAGACUUUUCCUCAACUGAGAACUACGGCAGCGUUCAACAAAACUCAGCCUGCCAGUACAUGAAGCUGUAAAGAAAUAAAAGUUUGAACUAAUUAGACUAUUUUCUGGUAACUGAAUCAUAGCUUGACGACCGUUGAGACUUCAACAGAACUGACAUUGUUCUUAAUCAGUUUGAAACAAAGCAUCUUGAGCUUUAGAACUUUGCACAGGGUUCGGUUUCUUUUCCUUUCAUUUUUUUUGUGAUGUAAUGUUUUGGAAACACUAUAGUAAGGUCCAAUUUGUUAGUUAAUGCAUAAGCUAACAUGAAAAAUCUGAAUUUUACAACAUUUAUCAAUCUCGGUGUGUGUGUUUUUGUAAUUAUAUACUCUUUUUUUUUUUUUUUUUUUACAUUGUAUAAAUUAACGUUAAUUUAUUAUGAACACAAAUGAUCAAUGAACAGUAGUUAACACUAACCUAAACUUAUAAAUGGUGUAAAAAAUGUUUUGUUAACACUAGUAUAAAGACUAAUUCUCACUAUUAACUAGUUGCUUAUUAGUAUAUUCCUAAUAUAAACAUAUUGGCUGUUUAUUAGUACUAAUAAAACACAU